AUGCAACUUCAAAAAAUUUCUAUCGCUGCUGGUUUAACCUCUAUUGUUGCCGCUGAAAGUUAUGUUCCAGGUGACAACUGGUCCACUUUAUCUCCAGCCGGUGGUUACUUAGGUGCCACCGACUACCCAUCCACCUUCGGUAUUGCUGUUCAAACUGUCGGUGCUUUAGCUAAGAGAGCUGCUGCUGUUUCCCAAAUCGGUGAUGGUCAAAUUCAAGCUCCAGUUACCACUGCCACUGCUAAGACAAGUCAAGAUAUCACAACUACUGUUACUGAAACUUCCCAAAGAGCUACCACCAUCCUUCAAACAAAGAGCACUACUAACACUCAAGCUACCAACACCAAGGCUACCAACACUCAAGCUACCAACACCAAGGCUACCAACACUCAAGCUACCAACACCAAGGCUACCAACACUCAAGCUACCAACACCCAAGCUACUAACAAGGUUACUACCACCACUGAAGGCAACACCUCGACUAUAACUGAAACUGUAAAGGGUGCUACUACCAUUUUACAAACUAAGAGUUCCAAGGCUUCUGGUGUUACUACCACCAGUGCUUUACCAACUAUGUCUGCUGUUACUCAAAUCAGCGAUGGUCAAAUCCAAGCCCCAGUUACUAUUAAGUUAUCUGCUGCUUCUGCUGCUGCUGCUUCUGCUGCUUCUGCUGCUUCUGCUGCUUCUGCUUCUGCCGCCUCUGCCAAGACUACUGCUGCCGCCGUUUCUCAAAUUGGUGACGGUCAAGUUGAAGCCUCUACCAAGGCUGCUGCUUCUAGUUUAUCAAGAUCUGUUGCUACCAGCAUUGGUUCUGAAACUUCUGGUAAGGUCACCUCUACCUUAUCUCCAACCUACGCUUCUAGUAAAUCCAGCUCUACUAAAGCCUCUGCUUCUACCUCUUCCACAUCUUCUGUUUCUGCUAGCGAUGUCUCCGUUGGUGCUGUCACCUGUAAAAACGACGGUACCUUAACUUUAUCAUUAAAUGGUGGUGAAUUAACUGACUCCAAGGGUAGAAUCGGUGCUAUUGUUGCUAACAGACAAUUCCAAUUCGACGGUCCACCACCACAGGCUGGUACCAUCUACGCCGCUGGUUGGUCUGUUACUUCUGAUGGUUACUUAGCUUUAGGUAACUCUGACACUUUCUACCAAUGUCUAUCCGGUGACUUCUACAACUUAUAUGACCAAUCCAUUGGUUCUCAAUGUAACGAAGUUAAGUUAGAAAUUGUUUCCAUCGUUGACUGUUAG